AUGGCCCGUGUGAAGCAGCUCUUCAUGUUGUUUUCAAUAUAUUCUCUCUAUUUAAGCGGAGUCGCAGCAGAUAUGCAAUGCAACGAAGCAGACAGAAAAGCCCUCCUGAAAAUCAAGGCAGGCAUAACACAAGACCCGACGGGCGUCCUGAGCUCGUGGGGAGGGAAAUCCGACUGCUGCCAUGGCAACUGGCGCGGAGUAGGCUGUGACGUCAACACGGGCAGAGUAACACUGCUCUUUCUGGAAGUCCUCGACUCAUGGAACACCAGCGAGUACAUGGUGGGCACACUCUCCAAAUCCAUCGGCGAUCUCACCGAGCUCGUCUACAUUUUUCUUCCGGCAUGGAAAAGAAUCACAGGAAAAAUCCCGAAUUCAAUGGCGCGCCUGGUUAAUCUUAAGAUGCUCGAUCUAUCGAAGAACGAUUUCACCGGCAAAAUGCCGUCAUGGAUACCGGAGCUGAGCAAGCUGACGAUGCUCAGGCUGGGGGGGAACCGUCUGCGGGGAAAACCUAUAAUAACCAAAAAAAAGCCUAGCACCAUGCCAAAGGAUAAGGAGAAUCCUCAAAAUUCAAGGAAACUCUGUCGUGCUUCAUACAAAUGGCUCAAGGUUACGCAUUCUCCAUCCUUCGUGAGCACGGAAACGAUCGUGAAUCUCUUAGGGUUGCUUUCAAUAUAUGCUCUGUAUUCAAGUAGAGUCGCAGCAGACGUGCAAUGCAACGAAGCAGACAGAAAAGCCCUACUGGAAAUAAAGGCAGGCAUAAUACAAGACCCGACGGGCGCCCUGAGCUCUUGGGGAAGGAUACCCAACUGCUGCAACUGGGACGGAGUGAGCUGUGAUGUCAACACAGGCAGAGUAACAAUGAUCCAACUUUCCCCGUCCGAUCCAUCCAACACCACCCUCUACAUGGCCGGCACGCUCUCCAAAUCCAUCGGCGACCUCACGGAGCUUGUCUACUUCCAGAUUCCAAGGUGGAGAAAAAUCACCGGAAAAAUCCCCAAUUCAAUCGCCCGCCUGCAACAUCUAGACCUGCUCGAUCUAGCGGACAACGAUUUCCUCGGCAAAAUGCCGUCUUGGAUACCCAGGCUGAGUAAGCUGAGGGUACUGAGCCUGAGCCGAAACAGGCUACGGGGAAUCAUCCCGCCGGCCAUUACAACGAUGAGCAAUCUGGAAGUGCUGGAACUCGAAGAAAACCGUAUAACCGGCACAAUUCCCCACGCAAUGGGGAAUCUGAGUCGAUUGGAUACAGUCAGACUAAACAACAACCUCUUAUACGGUUCUCUGCCCGAGUCCAUCGGCUUCAUCCCAACGCUCUUUCUGCUGGACGCUUCGCAUAACGCACUGGUGGGCAGAAUCCCUUCCUCUUACGGAAACCUUUCGGGGCUUGGUAUGCUGUCUUUGAACAACAACAAGCUAACCUACAUAAUUCCUUCCUCGCUCGGUCGUUUGAGCAGACUUUUUUGGCUGCAUUUGGAGGAUAACCGGCUGACGGGCUACAUUCCAGCAUCUAUGGGCAACCUUUCAAGAUUGAACAAUCUGGAUCUUUCCAGAAAUUUUCUGGGAGGCCCUAUGCCGGCCUCUUUUUCUCUCUUGAGCUUUCUGGAUACUUUCAAGGUCUCCGGGAACAAGCUCACGAACCCGCUUCCGUCUCUGCCUUCACUUCCUAGCUUCUUGGACUUGUCUUACAAUGAAUUCAAGCUGGGUAAUUCUAUUCCCACUUGGAUCACGAAUUCAAGCUUCGGGAUCGAGAUCAGUUUGGCCGGGUGUGGGAUCGACAUGCGGUUCGAGGACUGGAAGCCCAGGCUCAAGGAUUGGACGGCCACCCAAACUUUCCUUUCGGUUGAUCUCUCUGCCAACAAUAUCAGAGGCAGUGCAGUCGAAUUUUUCGAGGCCAUGACGUUCGUAAGGCACGCUAAUUUGUCAAACAAUCAGCUCAGCUAUAACUUCUCCAGCGGAGUCAAUUUCUCCCGCUGGUUGCAGACACUUGAUCUCCAUUCCAAUCAGCUGUAUGGAAGCAUCACUCCAUCUAUUGGCAAGUUGAUUGAUUUGAAGACUUUAGAUCUGUCGAAGAAUGGGCUUACUGAGAAAAUUCCCGGGGAGAUGUUAAAUCUAAGGAAUCUGACCCAGCUGAACGUGAGCUAUAAUCAGCUGUGUGGAGAGAUCCCUCAAGGGAAGCCGCUGAACGAGUUUCCCGUGUCUUCCUAUUCCCACAAUAAAUGUCUUUGUGGAUUGCCUCUUGGACCUUGUUAGUAAUCUGUGUACCCUCUCAUAAUAAGGAACC